CGGUCACGUUCUGUUUGUUACGGCGUCGAGUCGCUCUUGGACCUUCUCGAGGAGCACACCCUUUCCCAUGUCUCUCCUGCAGAAGCUCGAUUGCGCGCCCCAGUUUGUGGCCGCCGCGCCCUCGCUCCGCCGUUAUCACAUGGGCACAAGUAACAAGAUGGAGGUGUCAGCGGAGCAGGUGGAGCAGGCGGUGGUGGAGUUCUACCGGGACCCAGUUGCCAAGAGUGGCCUUAACACAUGGCUCAUGCAGGCCCAGCACUCCCGCCACUCCUGGACCUUUGCGUGGCCUCUUCUAGACCCCAGGAAGCCGGAAGAAGUACAGUUCUUCGCAGGAAACACAGUAUACAUGAAGGUGUCGAGAUAUUGGCAUGAAGUCCCCAAGGAAGAAUAUGAGCCCCUUAAAAUCAAGAUCCUUAACCUUAUAGCGCAGUAUAGCAAUUCUAAAGUCAUUCUAAAUAGAUUAGUCAAAUCUUUAGGGGCAUAUGUCAUCCACACUAUCCAGCAUGAUUGGACUACCGCCAUACAGGACAUUAUUACCAUGUUCGACCCAGGAACGGUGCCAGGCAUUGAACCUUCCACAGCACUGAAUCUUCUUUUUAGUAUACUUACUAUAAUACCUGAGGAGUUGGAAACUAUGCAAGAAGCAAUGAGUAUCAAUAGUAAAGACAAGCAGGUAAUAACAGCAGCUGUUAGAAAUAGCCAUCAGUCAGUGCUGAGUUUGAUCUCCCAAGUGAUGCAAGCUGGACAGAUCAGCAAUGUGAUAAAGGAAGUAGUGCUCAAGACUUUGAAUGCAUGGCUCAAGCUCUCCUUGCCACUCUCUGAGACCAGAGACCUACUUGUGGCGUUAAUACCUUACUCCAAUUACGCUCUCUUGUGUGAACCUGUCAUGGAUGCACUAAGAACUGCAGUGACUGAUGUUGGUACUUAUAACAUCCCCAACACAGUGAUGGACUUUGUCACACAGAUGUUACGGUUGAGGCCUGUGCUGGAGGAGGCUCAGCAUGCAAAUGAUGAGAAUACAGCAUCGUUGGUGUACAGUUUGUUUACCUCUGUAGUUGAAUGCCAUUCUCGGCUAUUGCUACAAUGUGCCCUUCAAGCAGAGCACCAGGCAACGGUGGUGCAGGUAGUUGCACUUUUACUCCAGUGUGCGGCUACCCCUGGCCAGUACCCUACCGACGAGACUACCUCUAACAUUCCCUUCGCUGUUUGGUUUACCAUUCAGGAUGAUAUUAUGACAUUUGAGGGAGAGCAGCAGGCAGAAUUGCUUCAGCUCUUCCAGCCAGUGUACCUGAAAUUGGUGGAUACCUUCAUCCAGAAAUCCCUGCUGCCUCCAGAUAAUGCUCUGUCCGCAGAGGAGAAGGAAAUGUUCCGUUGUUACAGACAAGACAUCUGUGAUACCUAUAUGUAUGCAUAUUAUGUAUUAAGAGGAGAUAUGCUGAGUCAUUUAGAAGUUCAUCUUAAGGAUGCUGUAGUUAAAAUGCAGAGUGACCCCACUGACUGGCGGUACUUGGAGGCAGUCCUGCAUGCAUACUCCUCUGUAGCUGAAACUGUUGCUGAAACAGAUAACUUUUAUGUGCCACGCUUCAUUCAGAGUAUACCUCAGAUACCAUUCUCUGAUAAUAUUCAACUAAUAUCUGUGGCAUUAACAACGCUAGGAGCAUAUGCGGAUUGGCUGAACUACCACCAAGAUCACAUGCACCACGUUAUUCCCCUCAUGGUGGAAGGACUUGUAAAUGCCUCUCUUGUUGGGGCUGCCUCCCAAGCCCUCAGGGACCUUACGUUAGAGUGCCCUCUCACCAUAUCUCCCUUCUCACAACCCAUCUUGACAAGCUGUCAGAGAGCACUGGAGCAGAGCCGACUUGACAGUGCUGAGACAGAGCGAAUCAUGACCAUCAUCAGCCGAGUGCUCUCUGUGGGCAAGGACCAGCCCACUAUCAUGACCUACCUCAAUGCUACCCUCACUCCCUACAUCUCACGUCUUAGUCAGCUAAAGGAUCUCAUGGGGAGUGGUCUUUCUCGAGAGCAACACAAUGAACUGGUCUCCCUCCUAAAACUCCUGUCCUGUAUGUCUCGGCAUCUCAACCUCAACAACUCAGCUGUGGAGGAAGAUGACGAUGAAGAUGGAACCACAAGAAGACAUUCCCAAGUAUUAUUAUUUUCUUUUAUUAUCGCCUCAAUUUUCUCAUUACAGCUUGUCAUUCUGUUUGGUCGAGAGGGUAAUCAAGAGGCCAACAUGGGUGUCCUGCUACGGAUGGUGACGACAACUACACUGAACCGAGCCUCGACCGACCUCUGGGCCCACACAGAUGCGGUCCAUGGCUGCCUCACACUGCUCACCGCCUCCUUCAAGAAAACUCCAAACCUUGUCUCAGCUCACCACAAUCAUGUUGCUCCACUGUUCCACCUAGGUGUUGAAGCUCUAAAGCUACCAGAGGAAGGAACAGUGCGGAGUGCUGGACAUUUCCUCUCUAGCUUCAUUCUUCUUAGCCGCGAUGCAAGUAUUGGGUGCCUCCAGCCUGUGGUUGCGCAUAACACAGAAACUCUUCUCCGAACGCUGAUGUUCUGCAUUUGUAACUCUCCACGACAUAGCCUAAGCAGCUUCAGUGAUGUUCUCAGCGCACUGUGCAAGAUGUAUGGGGAUGACCUAACUCGCACCUUCAAGACACUUCAAGCUGAUGAGUCAUUCCUCUCUCCACGGGUCACAGCACAGCACAAGGAGGAGUUUGCCAAAAAAGUGUUGAAGAACAGAGGCAGCAAGCGCAGGAUUCUAGAGGCAGUUACUGAUUUAGCUCUGAUUGGAAGAGGUUUGGCUGGGACUGACUACGGGGCUCAGACUCGAGGCUUCCACUGACUAUAGGCUGUCCCUUUGCAUCUCAGAAAAUGAGCACCUUCUUCAAGCAGCUUAAGCCAGAGUAGGAUUGUUUGGCUCAGGAGUAUGCAUCUUGUGUAAAGGUCAACCAAAUGCAUUGAGAUGGAGGGCAGCAAUCACUUCAGCAGCUAUGGUGUUAACUCUUCUUUCUUCCGUCUUGCUGACAUUCACUCUCCACCCUCUGAUAUUUUAUUUUUGAUCUUAUAUUGUCUCUCAUGGUUGUUUCUUUCCUCAUAGCUGUCAGCUUAGAGAAGGAAAGGUGUAUAGUGUAUACAUGUAAUUAAGGCAUCCCACUAUCCCAGUUAUUAUCAUUGGCAUGGAAUGCUUCUGAGAAGAUCUUCCUUGGCCAGUCUGAAGAAGAAAAAUAUUUUUGACAAUCUGUCCAAUAUGGCGUUGAUCACUGUAUUUGACGCGGAUUGUUAUAGAAACGGAAGUGGAAAUAUUAAGAUAUCUCUUUUUCCUCAUCACUUUACAGAGCUUUGAAUGUUAUAUAUUCCAAAGCAGGACAUAGUAAUUUUUGCACAUAAAACUAGAUAUUUAUUUUUGUUGUCAGAUCAAUACAGUGUAGAUUCCAUGUGGCAAAAAGUAAUGCCUCCCACAGUAUUAUCCUUGUGUGUGUGUGCAUUUCCCCACGUAUAGUAUAUAGAGUGGGACAAUUUAUCAGGCUCGCUUGCAAACCCAGCUGAGCUUCGGAUGCAUGUUAUAUCCCUCUGGUCAUCCUGAAGUGCGAGCCCUGCGAUGGACAGAAAUAUGAAACGAUUCCUAAUUGUGAAUGCUGCGACCUUGCAUCAGGGUUAAGUAGCAAAGGGUACAAGCCUCGUUAGAAAAGAACAACAGUGAUAAAUUUUACCAUUGGUUUACAAUCAUAACAUCAAGCAUCAUAAUCUCCAUUCCACUUCUCUUGUAUCUUUGUAUGUGCCGAUAUACUUGUUUAUAUUCCACAGUCUACUGGUUUUAAUUGAAACUUACUGUAAAUAACUGUAUGAUCAGUUUUUGUAAAAAUAGAAAAGCAUAAAAGAGGUUAAAAUAUAGAUUGUUAGGGGUUACUUUUGAGAUAUAUGUAAAAACAUGGGCUAAUUCAAAGUGUGAAUAAUUUUGUUUUUACUCAGCAAUUACUUUUUUUAUUUAAAUUUAUGAUAAUCCAAGUCCAUAAUUGGUUUAUGAAUUGGAAACUUCCUGAGGUGUCAAAAAAUCAACUAAUAAUUUUUUUGAUAUGUGUUAAUUUCUCUGCCAUAAUGGCUUUCUGUUAAGAUAAAUUGAAUCAUGUAAAGACUCUUAUUGUUUUACAAAGUAUGUAAAUUGUAAUAUUGUUAAAUUGUCAAGAAAAGUAAUCUUGUUAGUCUUCUGUUACUAUGUAUAGUUUGGGUUAUCAGUUUAACUUGAGAAAGGUUUCAUAAUUCUUACCUACCCCAUUGGAGGACAGCAGCAAAGGUUAUUGUUUCACUCGUGACUCAACGAUUUGUCAGAGCUAAUUAGAACCUACCAAUACAAACAAGAGAGAGAAAACAAAAUGGUAUUCAGUAAGAAAAUUUGUACAGAGACCUCUUUGUCUUCAGUAUAUUGUAUCAUAUUUUUUGUGUAUUUUAUCUUAAUGUUUUCUUAUUUUUAUUAUUAUAGUAGAGGAAAAGGUGAUACCAUGAGUAUUAUGAAUCAAAGACUCCAGGGUUUGUAAUAAUGUUUCAGACUUAACAAUUUUUUUUAUAUGGUUUUAGAAUCGGUAGUGUUGAACAUGAACAUAUAUACAUAAUUAUAUAUACUGGAUAUAUAUACAGUGUAAGGCAUGAAAAAGUUGUUAUUAUUUGUUAAAAAAAAUCUUUUGGAAAGAUACAGGUGAUAUUAUACUUAACCAGUUUGAAUAGGCUUCUAAGGGAGUUGUGAUGUUGUACAAAUAUUUGAUUCUCCACUUUAAAAUACAGUCCUAAGUAUAUUUUAGUCCUUACCAUAAGCAGCCCUCGCAUACCCAUACCUUUGUCAGUCUAAAUGUGUUUUUUUCUUCAAUCUGUUGCACAGUUUUUGCAGUUUGCCUCCUUCCAUGCCCACACUUUUUCUGUACCUGUCAUUUGCAUUGCAUUUUCCCCGAGACUGACGGAGGUUCCAGUACUCAGUACUUUCCUCUUUUUAUCCCAAAGAUUUUAUGGAGAAUCAUUUGUACACAUGACAAGUCUUUUAUUGGGAUCGAGGGUGACUUCUGAUGCCCCAGUUUGCUAAGCGAUGUAGACAUUUUGAAGAUAUAUAUUUUUUGGCAAUAACAGAAUUUAUGAUCUCCCUCCAAGAAAAUAUUUGUGAUGUUUUAACUAUUAAAAGAUUUUUUUUAC